UCCGCGGCAACUUCAAGAAAUAUGAAGAUGCUUCAAGAUGGCAUUUCAGAUGACGAGUUUUAUAAAUCCUUUGCCAAGAUUAUCAGACACUGAGUGGUUUUCCCUGGAUGAAAGACUUGAUGAUGAUGCUUUAUUGACACAAGAAGAAGAUGAAUAUAAAUUUAUGGUACAACGAGUCUGACUUCCACUAUAAUUUUGUCGCUUUCUGUGUUGGAGGAUUGUUUUGAAUGAGCACAAAGGGGCGUACCCAGGGUUGGCAAAUGUUCUUAUAUUAGUUGUUCUUAUAUGUUCUUAUAUUAUAUAAGAAUAUUUUUUUGUGAGGCAAAAAUGUUCUUAUAUUUUCUUAUAUUGUAAAUUUUAACUAUUUGACAUUCAUCCUGAAAAUAAGAUAUACAGAUAAUAGUCAUAUAAAUACAGCAGUGAUAACUAUUUUUAUAAUUUUGAAAGCCAAGAUGUUACAGCAACAUCUAAAUUCUAAAAUUGAAUCGUCAUUUUAGGAUUUUGGAUGAUGUCAUAAUAUGACAUCAUCAAAGUUUUUGAAAAUGUUCUUAUAUUGCAAAAAAUGUUCUUAUAUUAAUAUGAGAAAUAAGAACAUUUUAUUUUUAAAAAAAUGUUCUUAUAUCCAACCCUGGGCGUACCCUCAACCUAAUCGUGUACCGAAAACCUCUGAAUAUACGCCCACCCGAAUAUAAGCUCCCCCGUGUAGAAGCCACCAUUUUCACUAAAUGCUCAGGCCAUUCUGACCCAAAUAUUUAAGCCCCUCCGUGUAUAAGUCCACAUGGGCUUAUUAUUGGAAUUGGACAACAGGUCAUGCAGACGAGUGACGAUAAUUACAUUACAGUAUUAUAAAUUUAUUAAUAUGUUAACCAACUUGUUUUAUCAUGUGUAAUAUAUACUGUAUGUUUAUAUUUCUUUUCGUUCACGAUGUAGUUGACAGGUACAAUAAAUAUUGUUACUAACACAAAAUGUCGUCUGUAUAUAAGCCCGGACCCCAAAUAUAAGCCCUCCAAUGUAUAAGCCCUCCAAUGUAUAAUCCCAUCAAAAAAUGCUUGCGAAUGAAUAUAAGCCCAGGACUUAUAUUUGGAGGUUUACGAUAUAUAUGUUAAUUUAUAUAUAAUAGAUAUCAGUUGUGCAAAUAUCCCACACUGCACAGUAAGGCAAGUGCACACUCAAGAAAUUAUUACUUUUCACACAUUGAAGUUGCCACGCAAAAUGUUAAUUUGAUGUUUUGAUGUAAACCCACUCACCCAACCUUGAAAACGUUAAGCGUGUCAUACCUUAUAUUAUGUCAUACCUAAGAUUUUUUAAAAAUAUUCAUUUUACCAGUGAAAUUUGUGAAAACAUCACACAAUAACACAAUUGUGCACUUGCACACCUAAAUAAUUGUCUUGCACAUCAAAGAUCUCAUAAAAACUUGCCAUACUCUUCAGUCUGGCAUAUCGAGAAAGUACUAGGGGCCUUUUGGCAGGUGCUGGUUGGGUUUGGUUAGGAUAAUCACACCAUGCAGUUACAAAUCCUAUAGACUUGAUCUUAUUCCGAGUUAUUCACUAAACUCUCAUAAGCUAUCUCAACUUUCUCACAUGCAACAACAAUAUACACUUUAGUUGAUGCCAAAGAAUGAGUGACAUGGAGUAAGUCUAGGGGGAGAGGCAUGGGGCUAGGGAACUGUAUUGUUAUUUACCAUUAUAAUUAUAAACAUAUCAAUGACAGUUUUUAACCCUAGAUGAAAGAAAUUGCAGAUAAAGGCUAUGACCUCCUCUCAAUUGGAGAAACUAAAGAAACAUCAGAGGUAAGAUGUUCUCCAAGAAUUUCCCUUGAUGAGAUUUUUAACCAUUUCAGCGCCAGUGCUCUCUCCUUGCUGAGUAAAAUUGUCCGGUGUUAGACACUACUAACAGUAAAAUAAUUAAGUAGGGUGCAUUGGGGUGUACUGCAACUCAAUGGGUUAAAAUUGUCUUUUGUUUAUAGACAGGCUUAAAAUUUAAAAAGUAGGACACAUCUCAGCUGGGUACUGUAAAUGUCCAACAUAUAAGUCUCUCCCCCUACCCUGUAUCAGCCCACCAUAUAGUUACUAAUGCUCAGACAGGUCUCUAAAUAAGUGUUGGACUGUUGGUCAUUCGUCAUUGACUAGUAAAUUUUUCAAUUUGACCAGCAAAUAUUAUCACUUACCUGACACACAUGACAGGUGAAAUUUUUAAUGAAAAAAUGCAUAGCACACAAGUGGAUUUGUGUGUCAUUUGGAAAACAAUUGUUUUGUUUAUAUACUUUAUAAAACAUUUGGAUGCUGUAGGCCAAUAAAACAAAAUUUUAUCCACAUAUUAUUAAGCACUCCUUGGUAUAGUCCCCUAGUACUAGCCCUCCUUGGUAUAAUUCAGCCCUCCUCGGUAUUAAUCCCCACAGAUUGUUAAAUUAAUGUUUAUGAACAAAUAUAAGCUCUGGACAUACUUAUAGUCAGAGGAUAUAUUUGAUCUCUUGAACCAUUUGAAUGAGCAAAUUUAUUUCAAACCCCAAAAUACAGGCAAAUAGCUGAUCAGUGGGAUCAUAACUACAGUAUGGUGGGAUCUUAAGCCAUAUUAUAUGAGGACAUUAAAAAAUUGUGCACUUCAUGCCUGUAUACAUUUCUUGCAACAUAAUUUGCAAAUGGUAACAAAAACAUAAUUUGCAGUUAGCCCCGCAGAUUUGGGACUGUGUAGCUUGCAAGUUGCGAUGAGGGACCGGACCCAAGGGCAAUUGGGCCUGAGAAGGUCAAUUAUUAAAUCACCUAUUAAAUCUGGUUGGUAAAUAUUGCAAAACGAUACUGGAAAAGAGUUUUGUACUAAAGAUGUUAGUGUGCACAACACUUUCUGACCCAGGUUUUCAGAAAUAGAUCCUGCAGUCACUUGCAGGUUACACCCAUGGAGCGCUUAAUAGUGUGUAGUGGUACUGAGAUCCCCAAUGAAGCAAUAAUAUAUAAACACAUCCAUGAUUAUGCAAACCUCUGCUUAUAAAAUGCUAGGAACAAGCUUCAAACUUCGCAUACAUAUCAAUAUUUUUCCAUUUGUUUUGUUGUUUUAGGUAGCAGAUGGUGAUGAAGAGGAUAUAGAUGGUGAAGAUGAAGAGUCAGCUGGAGUGCUUGAUGAUGAAACUGAUGAAUAUGAUGGAACAAGUCCUGAAGCUGGUGGAGCCAUAUUAAAUCCUAAUCUGGAGGUAUCAAGUUCUGGCAUAUCUUAAUAAUGCACCAUACUUUUUUAUGAUAUUGUGGCUACCAGAGUACCAGACAAUUUAUAUGUUAAAUUGUAAAUUGUUGGGGAUUAAUGGUUUAAUUAAAUACAAUCCAGCAGCUGCUUGACAUUACAUGACUGGGGCAUAACAUUUGCAGCAUAUAUGUGUAUAUAUAAUCUACAUGGACUAUAUUUUGUUUAUUUUUUGACAAAGGUUGAUAUGGAUGAAAGUGCUGGAGUACUGCCCGAUAUACAAGAACCCCCCUCCUCUUCCUGGAUGUAAUUCCAUGCUACUGUAAACUGCCAUGCCAACUGGUCUAUAACAACAGAACUGGAUUAAAACUCUGUACAAUGACAUUCUGUCAUACAAGUUAACUAGUGAAUGGCAUAUUGUGUAAUAUAAAUUGUAUUUAUAGUAAAAUAGAAUGUUGGAUGCCUAUAUGCCAAAAGAGGCAAAGUA